UUUACAAAUUGGCAAAUAAAUAAGUGUAUAAACAAUUGUGCUAUAAAUUAUAACAAAGCUAUUUAAGACAUAUGGUAUAUUUUAAACAAAGUACCUUAUGAUAACCAUAGUCUUGCACCAUGCUGUUGACUGUUCAUGGUACUCAAGUAUAUGUAGUAGAAGUAUAUGACCAAUGACCAUAGUGCCAUAUCUAAACAAUGGUAGUACCAUGGUACUUUUUGGUUAGUGCAAUACAGGUACGCCCAAUUUACGACAAUGGCAUACCCAAGACUGUUUGAUGCACGACGUGAAUUUCUGUACAAGUCAAACACAGCUUCGCAUUAGUCAAAAGAGCUUCAGGAAACCCAACACAUCACAAGGACGUAUGCAGCCUCACCCACACGCUUUAUUAUAACCCCUGCUAUUCUCACAUCCGGGAUAUGAAACAUGAGCAAAGACGUGGAAUGUUACUUUUUUUUCCUCUCUCUCUCACAGGCGCCGUAAUGAUGGAGUAAAAGCAUCACGAUUGGUGGAUGCGGCGAGAAGAAACAUUAAACCCACAGCUUAGCUUUUGCACUCCGGACGCGACGCGACAAACGCGAAUGAAUCCAGGGCGUGCUUUCGGUCAUCAGGGAAGAACUGGAAUAAAAAACCCUCUUGAAUUGCAGCAAAAACAUCCAAAUCCACACAACGGAAUACAAGUACACAAUGGUCGCUGGCGAUAUGUGUCUCUCAGACAAGCUUAGCGCAGCGUCGCUUGCGUGAGAGCUCGCUGGCCAAUAGGAACCUCCAGCGGCACAGCUGCGCUCAGACGGAUCCAAUGGCGAACGGCAGAAUACGGGCCUAAACGCACGUUAGGCUGUUGUUGCAGGCGGCCAGCACUAAACUUCACCAAAUAAUAGCUGUUUGUAUUUUGGCUGCCGCAGUAGCCAUUUUAGACGCAGACACAGAGAUCGAGAAAAAAAUGAAAAUACAAAAGAAGGACAAGCAGAUGUCUGCCACUCAUGUACUUAAGCACACUCCAUCCGCUGCUGCCUCGAAUGCCUCUGACCAAAACGCACAAACUACAUUUCCCAUCGGCCACUUGGGCAAAGAACAGUUACGGAUCAUUGGAGGGCCGCCCAAUCACUGCAUGGCUCACCCAAAACACUCUGGGUUACGGGAGGCAGGGCCUGUGGCCAGCAGUCACAGUCUCCGCCCCUUAUCAAUCAACAGCGAGGAGGACGAUGGAGGGGGCGGGACAAGGGUGAAGAAGAAACGAAGGAAAAAAGACAAGAAAGAGUCAGAGUGGCACAAAGAUGAAGAGAGUAACGCUAAACCAAAGAGAAGGGAGCAAAAGGAAGGGAAGGAGCUUCUUGCGAGAAAGGCAAAGGUGGCGAAGGAACAAAAGGAUCAUAAAAAGAGGGAGCCAAAAGCCCAAAAAGAGGUCAAAAAAGUAAAGAAAGGUCAAGAUGUAAAAGUGAAAACACAGGCCAAGAACACUGCAACACAUCAGCCCUCCAAAAGAGGGAGGAAGCCAAAAGAGCAGGGUGCCAUGCCUCCGGAGAAGAAGAAGAAGGGAAAGAGGAAAAGUGAUGCUGUACUUGAGAUGGUGGAGAGUGAUGACACAACCUCUCUCAGCACGCUUGCCACCGGUGAGGAAAGCAUCGACCCUAUGGAUAACACUAAGAGGCGAUCAGGGCGUCAAGUGAAGCGGCGGAAGUAUAAUGAAGAUCUUGAUUUCAAGGUCGUGGAUGAUGACGGGGAGACCAUCGCUGUGUUGGGCUCGGGCCGGAUUGCCGCCAUGUCUUCCUCUACCCUCGCCUGGCAGGCUGAGGAACCCCCUGAAGAUGAGGCUAAUAUCAUUGAGAAAAUACUGGCAGUGCGAACGGUCAAGAAAGAGACAUCCCUUGACGAACCACCAGAAGAGAUGGAGGAGUUUUACGUCAAGUACAGAAAUUUCUCCUAUCUGCACUGUAAAUGGGCGACCUUGGAGGAACUGGAGAAGGACCCACGCAUUAGCCAAAAAAUCAAGCGCUUCAGAAACAAGCAGGCGCAAAUGAAGCACAUUUUCACAGAGCCGGAUGAAGACCUGUUUAAUCCAGAUUAUAUUGAGGUUGAUCGGGUUUUAGAGAUCGCUAUCACCACAGAUACAGAAACUGGAGAGGAAGUUACACACUACCUGGUGAAAUGGUGCUCUUUGUCAUAUGAGGAGAGCACUUGGGAGCUUCAGGAAGAUGUUGACCCUGUGAAAAUCAGAGAGUUUGAAGACCUAAAGCAAAUUCCAGAAAUUAAGCAUGUGGAAAGGCCUCUCCCCGAACAGUGGCAAAAACUGGAGAAGUCCAGAGAUUACAGGAAUGGGAACCAGCUGCGAGAAUACCAGUUAGAGGGAAUGAAUUGGCUCCUUUUCAACUGGUACAACAGGAAAAACUGUAUUCUGGCUGAUGAAAUGGGACUUGGGAAGACCAUCCAGUCCAUCACGUUCCUCUAUGAGAUGUUCCUCAUGGGUCUAAGGGGACCUUUUCUCAUCAUCGCCCCGCUCUCCACCAUCACCAACUGGGAGAGAGAGUUCCGCACAUGGACUGAAAUGAACGUCAUCGUCUAUCACGGCAGCCAAAUCAGUCGACAGAUGAUCCUGCAGUAUGAGAUGUACCACCGAGAUGAACAGGGAAACAUUGUGUCUGGUCAGUUUAAGUUUCAUGGCAUCAUCACUACAUUUGAAAUGAUAAUGGCCGACUGUCCAGAGCUGAAGAAGAUCAACUGGCGCUGUGUGGUGAUCGACGAGGCCCAUCGCCUAAAAAACCGCAACUGUAAACUGCUGGAGGGACUCAAACUCAUGAACCUGGAACACAAAGUCCUUCUGACAGGAACUCCUUUGCAGAACUCUGUUGAGGAACUCUUCAGCCUGCUUAACUUUCUCGAACCCUCACAGUUCCCUUCCGAAACCACUUUUCUAGAGGAGUUUGGAGACCUGAAGACAGAAGAGCAGGUAAAGAAACUGCAAGCCAUUCUGAAGCCCAUGAUGUUGAGGAGACUGAAGGAUGAUGUGGAGAAGAAUUUGGCCCCUAAACAGGAGACGAUCAUUGAGGUGGAGCUCACUAAUAUUCAGAAGAAAUACUACCGUGCCAUUCUGGAGAAAAACUUUGCCUUCCUUGCCAAGGGAGCAAACCAGCACAACAUGCCCAACCUCAUCAACACGAUGAUGGAGCUUCGCAAGUGCUGCAAUCACCCGUACCUCAUUACAGGUGCUGAAGAAAAGAUCCUUGAGAGCUUCAAGAAAACCUACAGUUCUGAGGCUGCAGAUUUUCAGCUGCAGGCAAUGAUCCAGGCUGCUGGUAAACUAGUGCUUAUUGACAAGUUGCUGCCCAAACUGCUGGCCGGAGGACAUAAAGUGCUGGUGUUUUCCCAGAUGGUCCGUUGCCUGGAUAUACUGGAGGACUACCUCAUUCAGAGGAGGUAUACGUAUGAACGUAUUGAUGGGAGAGUUCGAGGGAAUCUCCGGCAGGCUGCCAUCGAUCGCUUCAGUAAAGUGGACUCUGACCGCUUCGUGUUCCUCCUCUGUACAAGAGCAGGAGGUCUGGGCAUCAACCUCACCGCCGCCGACACGUGUAUCAUAUUCGACUCAGACUGGAACCCACAGAACGACUUGCAGGCUCAAGCGCGCUGCCACCGGAUCGGUCAGAGCAAAGCGGUAAAAGUAUAUCGCCUUAUUACACGAAACUCAUAUGAGAGGGAGAUGUUUGACAAGGCCAGUUUGAAACUAGGAUUGGACAAGGCUGUUCUGCAGGACAUCAACCGCAAGGGCAGUCUCAAUGGGGUUCAGCAGCUGUCUAAGUUGGAGGUGGAAGAUCUUCUCAGGAAGGGUGCGUAUGGUGCUCUUAUGGAUGAGGAAGAUGAGGGCUCUAAAUUUUGUGAGGAGGAUAUUGAUCAGAUCCUGCAGAGACGCACACAGACCAUCACAAUCCAGUCUGAGGGGAAGGGAUCAACUUUUGCCAAGGCUAGCUUUGUGUCUUCAGGGAACCGUACAGACAUUUCUUUGGAUGAUCCAAACUUCUGGCAGAAGUGGGCCAAAAUUGCUGAACUGGAAAUUGACUCAAAGGCAGAAAAGGAGAGUCUGGUGAUCGACACCCCUCGCGUACGGAAGCAGACGCGUCACUAUAAUUCGUUUGAGGACGACGAACUCAUGGAGUUCUCUGAGCUGGAUAGUGACUCAGAGGAACGACCCUGUCGCACAAGACGUCUCAGCGAUCGCAACAGACGCUACCUCCGAGCAGAGUGCUUCAGAGUGGAGAAAAACCUUCUCAUUUUCGGGUGGGGUCGCUGGAAGGAUAUUCUCAACCAUGGGCGUUUUAAAUGGCACUUGACGGAAAGAGACAUGGAGGUGCUGUGCAGGGCUCUUCUGGUCUACUGUGUUCGCCAUUAUAAGGGAGACGAUAAAAUUAAGAGCUUCAUCUGGGAUCUGAUCACCCCCACCAAAGACGGACACAAUCAAGCACUACAAAACCACUCAGGUCUGUCUGCUCCUGUCCCACGGGGUCGUAAAGGAAAGAAGCUGAAGAACCAGUUGAGUCCCCCUGAGCUGAAGAAUGCAGACUGGCUGGUCCACUGUAACCCAGAGGUUGUGCUUCAGGACGACAGCUACAAGAAACACCUCAAACAACACUGCAACAAGGUUCUCCUGAGGGUGCGGAUGCUGUACUAUUUGAAGGUUGAAGUGCUGGGGGAGGCUGCUGACCAGGCUCUUGAAGGGAUCCCAUCCAGUAAACUGGAGGUAACCCUCCCUGAUAUUGACUAUAUUGAGAUACCUACUAUAUGGUGGGAUGCUGAAGCAGAUAAAUCGCUGCUUGUUGGAGUUCACAAACAUGGAUAUGAGCGGUAUAACGCCAUGCGUGCAGACCCUGCUUUGUGUUUCCUGGAGCGAGUGGGUAUGCCUGAUGUCACUGCAUUGACGGUAGAACAAAGUGGAGCAGAAACUGCUUCAGAUGCACCUGAUAGUAUCAGCAAGAGUGAUGAAAUCAAAGAGGAGAAUGAUAUUAAGUCUGAAGAAUUAGAAGAGAAAGUAGAGAUCAAGGAGGAAUCCAUGUCAGAGGAAACGGGAAAAAAUGAAAUUGCAGUGACGGGGGGCUUUAUAGGAUCUCUCGCAGGAGACCUUGUUGCAGAAGUGAUGGAGCAGGGACGGAUACAGUGGCCGGCAGGCACGGCUCUUACAGCACGUCUGCGGCGCCUCAUUACUGCCUAUCAGCGUUAUACACGACGUGAGCCGCUUCGUCAUGACUUUCUCUUACAUGAGGGAAUUGCACCUGUAGCCUGGCAAAUAGGAGAGUUUAGACACUGCACUACUGAGCCUGACCCACUCUUUUUAGAGUGGCAGCGAAGGUGGACACGUCGAGAGCAGGCUGACUUCUAUCGCACAGUGUCCUCGUUUGGAGUAGUGUAUGACCCAGAGAAAAAGACUUUUGACUGGAACCAGUUCCGUGCCCUUGCUCGAUUGGAGAGGAAGACUGAUGAAAGCUUAGAGAGAUAUUUCCACAGCUUUGUUUCAAUGUGUCGAACUGCAUGUAGACUGCCACCCAGAAAAGAUGAAGGUAACGUGGAUCCUUCACUGUUUGUGGAGCCCAUUACAGAAGAGCGAGCUGCCCGAACAUUAUAUCGUAUUGAGCUUUUGAGAAAGGUCCGUGAGCAAGUAUUGCGUCACCCGCUCCUCGGGGCACGACUGCAGCUUUGUCGUCCUAGCUUGUAUUUGCCCGUCUGGUGGGAGUGUGGAAAACACGACCGUGAUCUGCUCAUUGGGGUCGCUAAAAAUGGAUUGAGUCGAACUGAUUUCUACAUCCUCAAUGACCCCCAAUUAUCCUUCCUGGAGGCCCACCGGAACUAUGUUCAUAAAGAAAACCACAGAUAUUCAGUCCCAGGCUUGCCCCACCACCAUUGCUGCUUGUAUGAUGCCAACCUUGGGCAUUGUCAGUCCCCACAACCUCCAGAGUAUCACCCUACAGCUUCACACCACACACCAACACAACUCAUCCAUACUCAUGGGCAUCACCAGCCCACAGAAGUGGUGGCAUCAGAGUCUGGAAGUUCCCUAGGGAUAGGUACAGGAAAUAGGGAAGGAUUUUUGGAUUGUCCUCCACUGGAUGAUUCUCUGGAGUUGGGGUCAUUACAACAUGAAGGCUUGACAUCAGACACACUACAUGGCAAAUCUGGUAAAGAGGCCUUCAAUGGAUUCCCGUUCAAUUCUGCAACCGGUGGGCAGAAUAUGCUAAAUUCGUAUGGUGUGCAAGGGGAGUUAAAUGGGUCUCAAGGAGACAUGGUGGACUCCAUAGCUGGGAAACUUCGCAGCGAUGUUCUGGUGGGAGAACAAGGGUCCUCAGAGGAGACUGGCUUAAUGGCUCCUUCUGUGGAACUAGAUGAACUUCAAACUCCUUGGGAAACCUCAGACCAUGCUGAAACUUCUGACAUGUUCAACGAGACUGAUCCCAUCUUGGGAGCGCCAACUUUGGAACCCAGCUUUCUUGAUGCUCCUCAACCAGAAGAUGGACGGGAGGGUGAUGAAACGCUCACCGACUGUUUGAGCAUGCCUAGUUCGGACUCUCAAAGCAACCCUGUCGAACCACUGGCACCGAGCUUCAUGUUGUUCAAAGACCUUAAUGUUGGAGAGACUUCUGUGGAUCCGACAGAUCUGUCAGCCAGUCUUCCAGAAUAUGUUCCGCCAACACCUCUUGGACUCCCGGAUGUGAGUCUUGACCAGACGGAUCCCAUUAGUGAGGAGCAGGAGGACAAGCUUAGUGAUUCCAACAUCACAUUUGGUGUUCCCAGUCCAGAAGAAGGAGCUGAAAGCGUAGGGUUUAAUUUUGAGAAAGAAGACCUUUCUCCAGACAGUCCAAAGACAAAGGAUACUCAAGAUGAGAUCGAAAACAUGCCUUCAAUAGAGUCUCCAAGGGUCUCUGAUUCCAAUGGAGAUUUGAAAGAUCCUUGUGAAGCGGUUUUGGAAGAACCUUAUGAAAAGCCUCUAACAGAGCCAGAAAAAGUGCCUUUAGAGGAGUCUUAUGAUUUAACUUGUGACGAGACCCUGCAGGAACCUUGCGAAGGGUUUCAGCAAGACACAGUGGAACAGCAGUUGGUGGAAGAAACCUGCAAAGAACCACCAGAGCCAAUAGAAGAGUGCAAUCUAACUAACACUACUCUUUCAACAGAUUACCCUAUGCCACCUUCACUCCCAUCAUCUCCAACUACCUUACCUGACACCUCUGUAUCCCCGGGCCUUGACGCAGUCCCAAAACAAGAGUUUCUUGUGGAUCCAGUAGUGUCAGAUGUGAAGCCUGAGCCAGAUAGCACUACGCAGACCCCUCACCUUGAGCAGACUGAGGCUUUGGAAGUAAAGGACAAGAUAAAAGAUGAAGGUGCAAAGGCACCAGCAUUAUUGGGAGAUGUUGAUGGACCACACUUUGCAUUGCCCAUGUGUGAGAUGGCAGACAGUGUCCAUGAAAUAAGGGAACCAACCAUUGCUCAGCUUCUACAAGAGAAAGCACUCUUCUCGUUCUCAGAGUGGCCUAAGGACAGAGUGAUCAUCAAUCGUAUUGAUAGUAUCUGCCACACUAUCUUAAAGGGGAAGUGGCCUUCCUCCAGUCAACAGUAUGAGUCUCCCACCUCUUUGGCUAACACCUGCGUGCCCAGCAGUGCCCACCAGAGGGCAGGAUUUCUGCCUACCAGAAUGCCUAUAUCUCAGAGCCUUAACUUUAACCUCUCACACACAGUACCCCACUUACCAAAGGAGCGGCUAGUGGCCCCAGCAUUUCUCCCUGAGCUCAAACGUCCGAGACGUGGGUUUGAAUUCGAGGCAGAAGUCCUUGCCAAACCAAGCCAGCUUGGAGAAAAGAUCCAGGUUGGCUUGCCUCAUCGUGCUAACGCUCUCCUCCUUAAUGGUUGGCAGGACGCUGCUAUUGACCUCUCCAAACCAACAGAGCUAACAGUUGGUGGAGACAGUGGGUCAAUUGGUCAGAUGAGCCACACUGUCCAGUCAGCACCCCAUAAAAUAACUGGGAUAGGCUCCAUACAAGGCUCACUGGGAUUGGAUAUGGCUGGCAUUUUGCAGGCUGGCCUGAUUCACCCUGUCACAGGGCAAAUUGUCAAUGGCAGUCUUCGCCGUGAUGACUCAAUGUUGAGACGGAGGAGAGGACGGAGAAGAAAUGUAGAGACUCCUGAUCUCAGCUUUAUAAAGGGACAAAACAUGAACUUACCUGAACAACAGAGUGGGUCAGAGAGUAUCAGCCACCCUGUUGUGUCCUCCACAUCCUCCCAGUCAGAGGGCCCUCCAGCCACCCCGACUACACUUCCUACUCCGCCUGCAGCACCCUCUCCAGCUCCUCCUCCGGCCUCAGAGACCCUGAAUGUGAGCAUGGACAGGGAAAUGGCCAAUAAAGGCCUAAUGGAAUGGCUCCGACAAAACCCCAACUACAACAUGGAGCUUUCUGCUUUCCCGAAUGCAAACUUAUUGCACAGUUUCCUGGAGCGUCCAAAACAGAGAAGGCAUCGCUGCAAAGACCCAUCCAAGCUGGACAUCAACUCUCUAACUGGGGAGGAGAGAGUCCCGGUAGUGCACAGAAACACAGGCCGCAGACUUGGAGGCGCUAUGGCUCCAGCGAUUAAAGAGCUCUCCCGUUGGCUCGACGCAAACUCAGAUUACUCUGUGGCUCCUGAUUGGGCUGAUGUGGUGAAGCACUCGGGUUUUCUACCGGAGGGCAAAUUCACACGCAUCCUCUCUGGCCCUGUGUGUCGGGAUCCCGGUCCACGUAGAAGAGGCAGGCGACCCCGCAGUGAGAUGCCCAAAGCCCCCGAGCUCACCGCUGGCAUGGGACCCCUCUUCAUGAAUGGUGGGCUCAUUGGCAGCAUGGAUCAGGUUAGCUUACCCAAUCUCCGCAAUGUCCCUGGCAUCCCGCUAACCGGAAUCAUGGGCUUUCCUCAUGGUUUCGCCACUGCCGUACUGUCAGGAGAAGAUGCCAAGAAUGGACUCAGCAUGCUGCCCAUGAUGCUCCACGGUAUGGCCGUGCAGCCGCCCAUGUACAGCGCACACAUGAGUGGGAUGAUAAAUCAACCGCUGUCCACAACGACGUCCACUGCAAGCGCAUCCUCCACUUCAGCGAGUGUGACUUCGACAAACUCUGCAACCGUAACCUCAACCUCCAGCCCGGCGGAUAGUUCGGAAUCUACGCCUCAAUGUGAAAACGCAAGCUCUCCGAUGAGCACGGAGAAUGGGAAUAAGGAGGAUGCAAAGCAAGGAGGGGAAGAGAAGAAAGUGUCCGCUUCGGUGUCUACAGCUGCAGCCACUAGCAGCAGUAGUAGUAGCAUCACAAGCACCGGCAGCCAUUUGACCUUUAACCCUUUUCUAAUCCCGGGAAUGUCACAUAGUCUGUUGUAUCCACACAUGUUCUUGCCACCGGGCAGUAUAAUGGCUCUGCCCGCUAUGCCUGCAGCAGACAGCACGGGCAGUCCCAAGAGGAAGAGGAAGAAGGUUAGGGAAGAAGGAGCAGAGGAGGGAAGUGGCAAUGUUGUUGUGGAAUCGAAGGGGGUUAAAGACGAACAGACACUCGAACAAAAGAGCCAAGAGGGCGGAAUGGAAGAUGGCAGACCUGAUGUAGAUUUAGUUCCGGUCAAAGAUCCUUCUGACCUUAUAAAAGCUCCUUCUGAGGAUAAAAGUACUGAGGAAAAGGACAAAAAUGAGCUGGGAGAGGAAACAGAGUCAAAUGCUCAAGGCUCUUGUGACGGUGGAGACUAGAAUGCAUCCUCUUGUUUGGGCUGCAGUACUUUUGUGUGUGUCGUGUCAGUAAAAGCUUAUGUAUAGGACUUUGAUUAUCAAUGUAUUGUUUAUAGAUCUGCCCUUGUAAUUUCACUGACAUCUACCUUCUGCGUGUGUGCUAAAGAAAUAGACACUUGAAGCAUGCAAACACUCAGAGGUCUCGAUUCCUAAAAAAGGGACAACAUCAUCAUUGGUGUUAGCGCGUUUCUUUUGCAUCAUAGGGAAUGGCUAUUCGGACGAUUCUGUCUAUUCAUGGAGAACGCUCUUAGUGACCCCAGCAUUUUCCUCCUUCGAUUAGGUGUUAUUCACUAGCAUCUUUCACAGAUUCUCAGAAAGUGGUAGGAUGGCGGUCUCACUUCGUAAUGGUGUUUUGGAUCACGCUCUUAUAGUUGCAUAAGACCUAGAUUCAUGUUUUAAAACAUUUCUCUGAAUAAUGUACAGAAAACACUCAUCCCAUUGGUAGAUUACCAGCAGAGCUGCAUCUGAUACAGUCUCGAUGGAUCACAGUAUUUUGUUCUUAGUUGCUUGCUGCUAUGUAUUCAUUUUAGUGAAGAUUUUAACCUAAAUCCUUAACAAAGCUAUAGGUGGCAUGAGUGCAACAUGGUGAGUGCAAUGGAAACUCAAAAAGAGCAAGGCUUGAAAUUGAUGGCCAAGAACAAUCCUGAGAUUGAUCUGUCUUUUGUUUUGUUGGUCAUGUCGUUUCCACAUGGUUGCUUUGAUAAGAUGUCCCCGUUGGGAUGCUACUAAUUAUUAUAGAGGUGGCUAUAUAUACCUAGGGGUGCUGCAAGUUGAAGAGUGAAGGGUUAAGGCCGUAGAUGAGACUUGGUUCUAAAUGGUUUUGGAACACGGGCUUAUAAAAUACGUCUGAUGCAAAGCAGUUGGUAGAAAAUAGUGAGAACUCUGUUUUUAGUGAAUUUAAAAGAAUAAUUCACCAUAAAAAUUAAGGUUCUGUCAGCAUUUCACCCUUAUGUCAUCCAAACUCGUAUGAAUGUCUUCUGUGGAGCAUAAAAGCCACAUGCUCACAUGAAGAAGUGGCUGUCAGUCUUCAAAAAGGACCAUAAAACUACUCCUUAUCACUACUUUUCCUUAUGCAAAGCUACCUUGUGUCUUUAGAUAACUUGGAAUAUAGUGCACAAUUCAUUUGAGCUACUUUUAUUGUGCAUUUUUUGAAGUUUCAUAACCCCUGGUCAAUGUGCUUUUAUGUGGGGAAGAGCAGUCUUAAAACCACAUGAGGGUGAAUAAAAUAUGCUGGAAAGUUAAGUUUUAGGUGAAAUAUUCCUUAACCAAAAAAAUCUUUGCAAAUCCCUGUUUUUGUUGUUUUUUUUUUUUGUUGCCUUCACUAAAGCUCUUAGGUUGAUGGGGUUUGACAGAAAGACAUCAGACCAUCUCAUCUCCUCAUGGGUAACAUUGCUCUUAUUUUCUCUGGUGCAUUUGAAAAUACUGUAGAGUACAACCGACCGAGAUUUUUGAAAUCAUGUAAAUCUAUCUAUCUGUAAAUUGCUGUUGCUUUUGUUUACAAGCACACAUUAUUUUUCCUCGCCAGUAUGUCUCAUAUUGGGAGGAUGUGUAAAAAAACAAAUCAGCACUAGUGUUUCUUUUAUUUGAAGUACUUUACACUAGUUGAUAACCAGAGAUAAUUGAACUCAUCUUCUCCUCCAGUCUCAACAGGGUCUCUCUUUUAUGGGAGUUUUCAUUUUCAUUUUACACGUCUCUUUAGUUUGUUUUUCAGUUUUCAGAUGUGAAAACAUUUUUUGCACAGUCUGUUUGGUGAAUGUUUACCUGUAAUUGUGUUCUGUCUUGUUUAUGUGUGUUCGUGUGGACGCAUGCGCACGCUUGCACAUGUCACUUCCUGUACAGUUUGACCUAUGUAAACCUGUACUGUAAAUUUCUUGUUAAAAAAAAAAAAAUCAUGGUUACCUUCAAAAAACAUGCUGUUGUUGCCUUGUCACAUUAUUUGUGACACCAUGAUGUAAUUUAUUUUGCUUUUAUUUCUCUUUUUACAAAUUCACCAAAUAAGACAUUUCCCCUUUCUCAUCACAUCUAUUUUAUUGUGUUCACUUCACAAUGCCUUAUUUAGUGGUUUAUAUUGAUGUUUGUUACAUCUUUAUGUUGGAAAAUAUAUAUCAAAGUACUUGUGUACGGUGUCAACGUUUUGGGAAGCAGUCUCAGUCAUACUAGUUCAAAUCUAGUUGGAUAGAUACUGGCCUUCUUGUGCAUUUAUUUGUGUAAAACUGCAGAUUAUAAAACCUUUCAAAUAACAUAAUCUUUUCUCUCUCUCAGCUCAUUCAAAGCAGUAUUGCAAAGCACAAAGUCUGCUUGACUUUCAAAAAUGUUGCAUUGUUAGUCUGAAAGCUUACCUCGGACCUUUCUCUGUUGCCUACACUGCGGUGUCAGUAACAUCUGGUGAACAAAAAUGCACAGACCUCGUCUAGACGUCUGGAUGAUUGUGUUAUCCUUGCUUUUGACUUUGAGAAGUUUGUAUCUCCAUUAAAGGUCUUCAAAAUUUUACGAGAAGCAGAGCCAGUAUGUGUACAACUGGAUAGUUCAGACAGUUAGACUGAGAAUGCUGCGUUGCUGGUUGUAAGUGUGUUGAUUUUAUAAAUGUACUGUUUGUUGGAAAUGUACAGUUUGAAAACGCAACAAUAUUGUUGGAAUAACACUCCAGUUUAAUUCAAUUUGAACCACGGUGUUUGUUUGAAAGGAAAGUCUCCCUGGUGCAGUAUCUGGGCUCAUUUGAAGAUCAAUGAAUAUAUAUUCAAUUCUAUGUCCUAGUAACACUCCAGAUACAUAUUUUUGUCUUUCACCCUAGCUGAAACUGUUUGGUAGUUCAUCUACAAAUCUGAUCAAUUUCAGUUCUACCUGUAUUUAUUGUUUUACUGUCUCAGCGUUGUCUCCCUGUGUAUUGCAGCGUUGUCUCCCUGUGUAUUGCAACAUGUACAUAAACUUGCUGUCUCCAGGUUUUGGAUGUGUUCCUAUAUGGGAUGUCUACACUGAUCCAUAAAAGCUGAACUGUUCUCAAAACCGUAAUGUUGACUAUCUGUGUGUAUAAAUACAUCUCUGGAUAGUUUCUCCCAGACACUCUUGAGAGCAAAAACCCUUCCCAUUGGACCCCUACCUCCAUUUUUUCAUGGGUUGAUCAAGGGGAGAUCUUUGUAGUAGCUUUGCAGAGUGCAUUUCCGAUGGGAAGUGAGAACUGGGGAAUUUGUGGUGACAUGCCAGUGUCAUUUUUUUAUCAGACUCUGUCAGCAUUCAAUAAUUCCGAUGCUUUCAAAUAUGCACGUAGUAAGAGGCUGGAUUUUGCUUUGCCACUGUCAGUAUUUGCAUGUCAGGACCUGCCAAAAACCCAGUCACAACAUCUGAGCCAGAGCAACAUCCCAUACUUUAAAGUGUAUGCAAGUCAGGCUACUAUGGAGUGUUUCUUAUAAAAGCUGCUUAGCCAGACAGACUUAAGUCUUUGGUGUUCACGGCACACUAGAGCAUCAUAUACCACGCAGAACUGUGCUUGCGUCACGGUUGAGCCUAUAUGUUGGAGGUUCUGUUCCUCAAGAUCUUGUAGAAUAACAUUGAAUGAAUUUGAUACGAUUAACGAUGGUCAGUGUUCAUGACGGAAGAACUGUAAAUUCGUAGUUACAUUGAAGCAAGUGCACUAUAUUGGGAUGAUUACACAAGAUAAAAAGUGAACUUGUAUACUUGGUAAGAAAUCAUGAAGCAAUGCUGAGAGUCAUGGGUGUUAUUUUUAUUUUAUUUUAUUUUUUUGGGGAUAUUUUGUUUUUGUUCGACUAGCUCCUUUACGCCGAUGUGGACCAAUCAUAUAAUUCAAACCAUGGUAUGUGAUCUUUUAUUGUGCAAUAAAAGAUGACUUUCAACUUUCA